AUGCCGACAUUUCAAAGCAACAAAUUUCGCGGGACCGGCGACGCCGACAAAAUCGGCGCCAAGUACCGCGUUCUCAUUAGCAAGAAGCCGUUUCUUACUUUCGGUCUGCCUUUUCUCGCCAUUAUGAUUGCCGGCUCAUUUGUCCUGACGCCAGCGACGGCGAUCCGCUACGAAAAGCACGACCGCAAGAUUCGCCAGAUGAGCAAGACGGAGGAAUUGAAUGUGCGCCGGUCGCCGCGCAAGGUGGACAUGAAGGAAGAAUACUAUAGACUUGCGGGCAAAGAUAUCGACAACUGGGAGCAGAAGCGUGUGAAGCGUCUGCCUGGAGAGACGGAUGGUAUUUUGUAA